AUGCCUGCCGGACCAGACGAGACUUUCAACCACGCACCUGGCGCUGCCACUGAGCACGUUAUGAAUGAUGCUAGCUCCAAGACCGACUCAAAUGCCAGCGACCAUCCUAUCCAUGGUAAAGGCGAACCCAAGGGCGACAAAAUUGACAUCCGUCAUCACCAAGCCAACCCCGGCCCAGCUAUCCCCCAGGAUUUUAGCGCUCAGCAAGAAGGCACCAAGGAGGAGCGCAGGGCAAGAGCAGAGGCUCUCAACAAGUAA